AUGUCGCCGAGUCCAGAGAAUGACCUCGGAACACCAAACUCAGCCGGCGGUCCGGGGCGCUCAAACAAAUCCUCGGCCCGCUCAAGAUACGGCUGUCUCACGUGCAAGCGGCGGAAAGUCAAGUGCGACGAGCUGAGGCCUCGCUGCAGCCACUGCGAGCGUCUGAACCUGGAAUGCAAAUGGCCGCUCUCGUUCUCUUCAGCCAGCCACAAACGGCGCUCACGCCAGAUCGCAGGAGGCACUGCGGCAGCGAGCAAUGCCGAAGUAUCACGCACUCCCAUGCCAGAAAUAGACCCGGCACCUAGCGGCCCAUUAUUCCAAGCGCCGCCUCUACACGCUGUUAACCAGCUAUUCGACUAUGCCUCAUUCCUCUGGGAUUCCGGUACUGGCACAGGUGAUAUGUGGCAGCAGAUGAGCCCGGCUGUCACUGCUGGCCAUGGCGUGUCAUUCGAUAGCCUCAGCCAGAACGGCCACAACCCAGUCGUGCCCGCGGCCCCGAUCAACUCGUCCCCGCAGGCCAGCAUCAACCUGUCCAUGCAGGGCCGACUGGUACCCGGCAGUUAUGAUAACUCGGAGCCGUCGACGGUUCCAGAUGCCAGCUGCCCCAGCUACGCAGACCAGGACGACCUGCUUGUGCCCUCGGAAAACGUGGCAGCGGAGAAUCAUCGCCUCAUGGACUACUUUGCUCACGCAGUCACGCCGCCAAUCUUGGCCGAGGUCGAGACGCAAAAGAAUUGGUUCGCCAUGCGGCAGGUAUUGGUUGGCAUGUCCAAUUCAUCUCGCAUGAUAAGAUGGGCCAUCCUGGCUUUCUCCAACCUGAUGCUUUGUCGUCGCGAUGGGAACUGGCUUGCAAGUCAGCAGAACCAUUAUGAUAGCGCUGCCGCCGAGGUAGCAGCAUAUGACGAUCAGCCACCUGAGACAUUCUUGAAGCAGAGUGCCGAUCGAACUAAUCUACUCGCGACCCUGUUUUUCCUAAGCUAUGUUGACAUCCUAGAAGCCAGGAUAAAGACUGCUCACACCCAUCUCAAGAGGGCAUACAUCAUCUUCCAGCAUGGAGACAAGACUUCUUUCGCCCCAGUCGAGAAACAGUUUUUGCUCUGGAUACGACUACUUGAUGGCCGAGCUGUCAGCGCCGGAGGCGAUGGCCUCUUCCUCGAGAAAGACGAAGAGCCCCUCCUCGUCGACGUCCCGUCCCCCAACCUCCUCAAGACUGCCACCAACGGCCCCGAGGCCAGGGAGGAAGACCUCGCCGAUGACGAUAUCGAGGACACCCUAUUUCAGGUCCUCUAUCAGCCGGGGAUCCUUUUCUUCCAGAAGGUGCAGUCCUUCAUGGGUCGGAUCUCCAAGAUCGAUCCGUGGCACCGAUCCAGGGGCACAGUCGAGGACGAGACCGAGGUCAUGAACACGGGCCAGACGAUCACGUCGGACCUGCGGACGCUGUACGAGCAGCGCCCGCCGCUGAUGGACAUUGCGGUCGCGGGUCGGCUGACGCCUCCGCACGUCUCGGCGCACCUCGCGGCCGUGGUGACGCGGGCGUUCCGCACGUACCUGUCCAACUACUACGCGAGCAAGGUGCACCUGCACCGUGUGGCGUACAAGGCCUUCCCACUGACGGCCGAGGCGGCCGACGCCCUCUCGCACAUCCGCCGCCUCGCUCGCCUGCUCGCCGAGGGCCUCGACGGCGACGACGACGCCCUGCCCGUCAACAUGCUUUGGCCAUUACUAAUGCUCGGCUCGGAGCAGGAGCGCGACCCCGAGGAACGCGCGUGGGUCAUGAACCAGAUCCUGCGCAUGCAAAGGGUUGCGGGCAACGCGAAGAUCACGGCGCAGGUCCUGGAGGAGGUCCAGGCGCGGCAGGACGCUGCCAAGGAGCGGGUCGACAUUCGGUCCGUGAUGCAUGCCACCUUCAACCGGUGCUUUGCUAUCGUCUAG